GGCUGCGCCUGCGCAGUUGAUCCUUUCCCUUCAUUCUAUUCCCCCCUCCCCUCUGUGUCGCUUCGUCCCCGGGGUGUGAAGGGAAAAAAAAGGAGACGCUAUGAGGGAUCGAACGCUCGAGCUGCGAGAGAAUUAUGACAACUCUGACAGUGAAGGAGAUGAACAUGUGGCGCUGGUUGUGCGGCCAGGAUCGGCAAAAUUCAAGGACUCCCCAGAUCCUACUGAUGAAUUCUUCCAAAUGACACGUGGUAUCCGUGAGGCAUUGAAGACUCUGGAAAGCAAAGUGAUAGAUCUGGAGAAACACCAGAUCACAAUUCUGGCCACACCACUUCCUGAAGAAAGCAUGAAACAAGACUUACAGAAAUUACGUGAGGAGAUCAAGGACUUGGCAAAGGACAUUCGGGGUCGCCUGAAGAAGAUUGAGCCCAAGAAAGGUGAAGAAGAUGAGAAUCAGAACACUGUCCAGGCCCGCAUGAAAAAGACACAGCAUGGGAUCCUGUCUCAACAGUUCUUGGAUCUUAUCAAUAAGUGCAACUCGACACAAUCAGAGUACCGAGACCGGAACCUUGAACGGAUCAAGCGACAACUGCAAAUCACUGGCAGUGGGGGGGUGACAGAUGAAGAGCUGGACCAGAUGCUAGAGAGUGGGCAGACAGAGGUGUUUGUCUCUAACAUCAUGAAGGACACCCAAGUGACAAAGCAAGCACUGAAUGAAAUUGAGACACGGCACAGUGAAAUACUGAAGCUGGAGCGCAGCAUCCAAGAGCUGCACGAAAUGUUCAUGUACCUGGCCACGGAAGUAGAGCUGCAGGGAGAGAUGAUUAACAGGAUAGAGAAGGCCAUUCUGGACUCGGAGGACUAUGUCAAGAAAGGGCAGCUCCACCUCCAUACAGCUCAGGAGAACCAGAAGAAAGCCCGCAAGAAGAAGGUCAUGAUCUUCAUCUGCUUGAGUAUCACGGCGGUCGUCAUCAUUGGCAUCAUCUGCAUAGCAGUUUUGGUUGGCUAGAAGGGUUCCCAGCUCCGUCUCUCCCUCUGCUGCAUUGUCGGAGCCUGCUGGGUUUCAGUCUUUGGCUUCAUUCUCGAUUCUGGAACUGUUGCCCCCCUGCUAGGGAGGCCUUUGCACUGAAAAAUGGCUGGUGGAGACUCUUCACGCCUUCAUCCAGUUGUGAAAGCACAAGCUGCCUGUUACCCCAGAAUCUAGGAUCCCCUUCUUAUCUCGCACUACAAAUUUCUGGAUGAUGUAGAGCAAAGCCUACGUUGUAUUGAUUUUUGCCUUCCUUGUUUUUCAUGCAAUUUAUUCCUUCUUUUGUUUGUAACCUUUUGGUCCUGUGUUUGUUUGUAUGUUUCACCCCCAGUGCAGUUCUUUGUCCCUGAUCUAUCCACUCACAAAUUGGCACUUCCUUGGUCAGCUGUUUUCUUUACUGAUUCCCCAUGAGCAUUUUUUCUCUGAGUUCAGACAGCAUCUUCUUGAGCUGACCCAAAUCUCUCUGAUCUUCUCAUCUUAAUCAUGGCCGCUGUUGCCUUUCUUACGUCCCCUUUCCAAUCGCUGCCUUGGAGGAACUGGCCAGUCUGCCAUAUUGUCUUUCGCCUUUCCUCCUUCAUGCCAUGCCACUUUAAAGCUGUCCUCUCCCCGCACGGGAUGUUACUUGUGUCUUAAUAGGGAGCAGGGGGGCUGGGGAUGUUCUACAAAUUGGGGGGACUGGAUGUUCCCUCGCACUCAUGGGCCAAUCCUGCUCAAUGUGCCUAUGAGAGAAGACGCAGGGGCCUGAAUCUGCAACAUCUUGCAUUCUACUGCCUUCAUUUGGAGCACCUUUUGUGGGUUUUAUUCUCUUUGAAGGAAGCCUUGUGACUCUAAAUAGGGAUAUACUGACUGUUUGCCUGAAGCAGAGUGCCAUGAACCAGGACUUAGUCUGCUGUCUUUUGCCGAGCUCUCUUGCUACUGCCUUCAGUUUUAAAGUCAGGCCAUCCUCAGUGCCUCCUGUUAUCCGUCCACAUCCACCUCCUCCCAUCGGGCACCUGUGUCUGUACACCUCCGUGUUUUGGACCUGCUUAUUCCCUAUGUGGAGUGUCUUGAAAGCAGUCACAGUGUAAUUUGGAGAUGGAUUAAAACAUGCCCGUGGGCUUUGUGUUGGCUCCCUCAGUAAACCAGAAUCCAGACCAACUAGCUGGCUCAAAAGCAUGUCCAGGAACACAGGGGCGUGCUCAAGGUUGGGGCUAGGGGCUGAUGGAUUAUAGCAAAGGAACAACAGGGCACCUGGGGGUUUGUCCUUUAAUUGCAGGUUGGACGAAUGAGGGAAUGGAGGCAGGGGCUGCUUAUCCUUGUUCCUGAACAUUAGAUAUUUUGCUAAUUUGGAAGGGAAGGAGAAACCCCCAGUCUAAUUUCAAGUAUUGAGCAAACUGUUCCAGUUGCCUUGGAGAUUGUGUAAAAAAAAAGAAAAGCAGUCUGACUCAGAUUAUUUUGUAAUAUAAAAAUAAAAGUACUUU